AUGGUUUGCAGCUUUCUCCAAAAACAAGGAAGGCUAUUGUCAUUCUGGAAGGAUAUCAAUGCCAGUCUUAAUCAUAUGCUAAUAACCACAGCCUGGGUAGGGGGCAAAGUGGCAAGGGCAGGGCCUGCAGGAAAAACAUUUUUAAAAAUUGUUCCACACAAUGAAUGCAGAAGGAGACCUCCCAGCCCCUCCUUUCUCUUCCUUGGUCACCAUAUGGCAGUGGCAACUAUAGUUGGGUUGUCACACAUGUGCACUUACACACACACACACACACACACACACACACACACAACCUCCUUCCUUGGUGGCCUAGACAACUCCUCUGCCUCUUUUCCAACAGUCCCUUCUUUGUAA